CUGACUUGGUAAGUCCAUAAGAAACAGGUAAAUACUUGUUCAAAGACUCAAACCUAUAAAUAGGCAUGCUUUCAAGAGCGAUUACUCAUCCUACCCAAGCAAGAAACUAAGAAAUCAAGCCUGAAACCAGCCUAGCUACAAUGAAAGGUGUUCAUUUCCUUGUAGCUUUUCUCUUCUUGGCUCUGGCUUCCUCAUUUGCCUCUGCCUCUGACCCCAGCCCUCUUCAGGACUUUUGUGUAGCUCUCAAUGACACAAAGAAUGCUGUAUUUGUAAAUGGGAAGUUCUGCAAGGACCCAAAGCUGGCCAAAGCAGAAGACUUCUUCUUUUCAGGGCUGAACAUGCCGGGAAACACAUCAAAUCAACUGGGAUCAAAAGUCACUCCUGUUAAUGUGGAACAAGUUGCAGGACUCAACACUCUUGGCAUAUCUUUGGCAAGAAUUGACUUUGCACCUUAUGGUGGGCUAAACCCCCCUCACACUCAUCCCCGUGCCACGGAGAUCCUGGUUGUCCUAGAAGGCACACUCUAUGUCGGCUUUGUUACAUCCAACCCAGAUAACCGUCUCAUCACCAAAGUCUUAUACCCAGGAGAUGUUUUUGUUUUUCCAGUUGGUCUCAUUCAUUUCCAAUUCAAUAUAGGGAACACUAAUGCCAUUGCCUUUGCUGGUCUCAGCAGCCAAAAUCCAGGAGUUAUCACCAUUGCAAAUGCAGUCUUUGGUUCAAACCCACCAAUCAAUCCUGAUGUUCUUGCCAAAGCCUUCCAGCUGGACAAGAAUGUGGUGAAAUAUCUUCAGUCAAAAUUCUGGUGGGAUAACAAUUAGACCAAUUUUCAACGUCCAUGGAACAGUUACUUAUUUGAACAAUUUUUGACAUGUUUCCAUCAUUUAUUUAGUAAUUAUUGUUGAAGUAAAAUAAAAUAAAAAAUA